GAGUGUAUGUUCUGAGAGGUCAAUGAAAGCUAGUCUUUUCUGGUGUACUGCUGAUAAGUAAAAAAAAAAACGGCACGCUGUUUUGUUCGCAGCCACACAAUGUUAAAAAAAACGGCGACUUUUCUUAAAAGAGGAUAACGAAUCGCUUCUCUUCUAUCCAUUUUUCUUCUUUUUUUUUUCUUUACAUUUUUUUCUCGUUGGAUAGAAUGGGAACGGUGCUAGAUUCGCAUUUCCUGGCUCUCACUGCCAUUGUUACCGUGGUUUACCAGUUCAUAUUCUUCGUAAUCACUGCUCUUUUCAAGAUCGAUCAAGUCACUGACUUUGCAGGUAGCACAAACUUCGUUAUACUUGCUGUACUCACUCUCGUUCUUAACGCCACGUGGCAUUUUCGCCAGGUAGUCCUGACACUGCUAGUUGUGGUAUGGGGUCUUCGCUUGGGAACAUUUCUUCUAAUGAGAAUCUUGCAAUGGGGAGAAGAUCGACGCUUUGACGAAAUGCGUCAAAACUUGGUGAAAUUAAUAAUUUUCUGGACUUUUCAGGCCGUGUGGGUUUGGACCGUGAGCUUACCUCUAACCGUCGUUAACGCUAGUGAUGGUGGAGGAUCUCUUAAACCCGCAGAUGUUAUCGGGUGGACAAUGUGGGGUUUCGGUUUCUUGAUUGAAGCUGCAGCUGAUCAACAGAAGCUCUCUUUUAAAAACGCUCCAGAGAACAGAGGUAAAUGGUGUGAUGCUGGUUUGUGGAAGUAUUCAAGACAUCCAAACUACUUUGGUGAGAUGUUACUUUGGUGGGGAAUCUUUGUGGCUGCAUCGCCUGUUCUAGAAGGUGCUGAGUAUCUUGUCGUAAUGGGACCAGUCUUUCUCACCUUGUUACUUCUAUUCGUCAGCGGCAUACCAUUACUUGAGGUUCUCUCUCUUUCACUACUUGAGACCAUUUUAUGAAUCUCAUAUGGCUGAGUUGAAUCGGUCUAGGCGCAAAUUAGCAUCCUUUAGUUGAAUGCAAGUUACAUGACUAAAGGAAAAACGAAAUCUGUCAACCGAUUUUAAGUGGUGAGAUGGAGACAUCAGAUGAUUGUACCAUUAUUUGAACUACGAAAGUGAUAUUUCACGUGUUUCACUGCCAGAUCUUAUCUGUGUAUAUGUGUAUAUGCUAAGAUAAAUUGACAUACACCAUGCCUUACGUCUCAUGUACAGAUAUACAAGUUUGAGUCGGUUUUACUUCAUAAUUACUUAACUAGUUAAUUA